AUGAAAGUUGUAGGUGCCAGAGGGGAGGCUUGUACACGAACAACAUAUGGAAGCGCUAAGGAAAAUAUCACAGUUUUAACUACUGUUAAUGCAGCUGGACAGAAAUUGGACCCACUGAUCGUUUUUAAGGGCAAACACAUGUACGAACAGUGGAUGUUACAGACUCCUGAAAAAUACGAUUUCAAUCUUGCGUAUGCAGCCAGCAAACGAGGCUGGAUGGAAACGGAUAUUUUUUAUGAUUACAUAUUAAAAGUAUUUAUACCUAAUUUGGGUGAAGACAGGCCCGUAUUAUUGGUGUAUGAUGGACAUGUCAGUCAUGUCGAUGAUAAAGUGGUAGCUUUAGCAGUAGAGAAUAACAUCACUAUAUUGAACCUGCCUGCCCACACUUCACAUCUAUUGCAACCGUUAGACUUGGCUGUGUUUAAAUCUUUUAAAACAAUUUGGGAUAGAAACCUCGUAAAAUAG